GCUUGAGCACAACCUUCUGCAGCCGUCACACAAGAAAAACCAAAUCAGCAAACCGUAGGAGCAAAACGAUGCCAAGAGCCUGUUUCCUCCUGCUCUGCUUCGCCGCACAGUAGUAAUUAUGCGCUCAAUUGAAGGCCAGAAUUCUCAUCCGUAUCUCAAUUUGGGCUGCCUCAGGCAUCGACCAGCUGGGCGUGGACAUGAAGGACCAGAAGAUGACCAUCGUGGGCACCGUCGACCCCGUCGCCGUCGUCGGCAAGCUGCGCAAGCUCUUCCCCGGCGUGCAAAUCGUCUCCAUCGGCCCGGCCAAGGACGAGAAGAAGGACGACAAAAAGGACGCCGGCAGGGACAAGAAGCCCGCCGGAGACAAGAAAGAGGGCGACAAGAAGGACGGCGACAAGAAAGAUGGAGACAAGAAGGACGGCGGCGACAAGAAGCAGCAGGAGGCGAAGCCGCCCAUGUCCGUGUACCCGCACUACGCCUACGCGCACUACGGCUACCCGCCGCCGCCGCGCUACUUCGUCCGCAGCGCCGAGGAGGACCCCAAUUCGUGCGUCAUCUGCUGAUCGGCGUCGGCGCCCAUCUCUGCCCCUUGUACAUUUCCCACGUGUCCUCCUCUACUGCUGCCGGCGCUGCCAGUGGACAGUGGUUGGUAGUUGCUCUACUCAUCAGCCUACCUGCCGCAGCGAUCGACGGUGUGCGUUACAGUUACGUAGUAUAGUAUAAUACGACCGUGUAAUUACCCGUUCGUUU